CUUUAUGGGAAAAUUUCCGAAGCUUGUCGCAUUUGCACUAUCGCAGCUGCCACAACUUACACCAUGCGGUCACUCAUAUCAGCCCGCAUAUGUCCGUUAUGUCUCUUCUCGACAAGACAACAGAGCGCUCAGGCUUUGCGUCAGCCAUGGGCUGCACAACGCUCCUAUGCAUUCUCUAGGAAUCCAAGAGCCGGCCGGUCCUCGAGUCCGUCGCGCAUGGUGCUUUCGGAUGAUGUCGCACGACCUCCCGCUCACCGCAACGAUCGAGGUCGAGACAGUGAUAGACCAAAACAAAGACCCGGUCCCUUUGGCGGCAUGAACGUGAAGGAAUUUCGUGGCAGAGACGGACCCUCCAGCGCAUCGGCAGACUCGAGAGGAGGUCAAGACAGAGGCAAGAAGAACGACCGGAGAACCAAGGCCAUGAAGAUGCAGAGUUCGUUGGCACCCAUUGGCUACGGGCACAGGUCGCGAAUGAAGGAAACGAUAAGCGAUAUCGAGUCGUUCGAUCGGUUCGACCUACUACCCUCGGUCAAGACCGCCAUUACCGACGAUGUGUUGAAGGGGAUGACUGAUAUCAAACCUACGCCAGUGCAGAGACUUGCGAUACCUGCGCUGCUCGGGCAGGACAUGGGCAAGGGUCGCAAGCCGCGGAGCAAAUCCAGCAGAGAAGAGUUUCUGCUUGCGGCCGAGACAGGCUCUGGCAAAACCCUAGCAUACCUCGCACCUUGCAUCAAUGCCCUGAAAGAGGCCGAAACAACGGAUCCGGAAAUUGCCAAAUAUCGCGAAUAUUUCACUAAGCACAAGGAAGCAAUCCAGGAGCCAGGCUAUACCGGACCUCGCGAAUUCGAACCUCACCCAACUGCUGCAAGACCGAGGGUUGUUGUGCUCGUGCCUUCCGCGGAGCUGGUUGAUCAAAUCGGUGCUGUGGCAAAGUCGCUGUCGCAUGCCGUCAAGUUCAAGACGGCUAUGCUGUCGGCGAACAAGUCUGCGACAGUGAUCGAGAGGGGCAUGUACAACCCAGGUGGUAUUGAUGUCAUUGUGGCCACGCCCCAUCUUCUUUCAUCCAUGGCAGACUCGGAUCCAAACAUCUUGUCACGGGUUACCCAUCUUGUGGUCGACGAGGCCGACUCCUUAUUCGACCGAAGCUUCUCCCCUGUUACCACUGAAAUCCUGGAUCGAGCUCUGCCUUCCGUCAAGCAGCUGAUUCUGUGCUCCGCCACAAUCCCCAAGAGAUUGGACAACUACAUGGCAGCUCAAUUCCCAGACAUGGUCCGCAUUACGACCCCCAACCUUCACGCCAUUCCCCGACGUGUGCAGCUGGGUGUGGUGGACGUAUCCAAAGACCCCUACCGCAACAACAAGAAUCUCGCCUGCGCCGAUGCCAUCUGGUCAAUCGGCAAGGAUGCUGUGCGCCAUGAGGGAUUCACACCAGGAGAAGUUGAUGUCAAGCGAAUUAUGGUCUUCGUCAAUGAAAGAGAGAAGACACAAGAAGUCGCAGAUUAUCUCGUGUCCAAGGGUAUUGAUGCAGUGGCACUUCAUCGAGACACCUCAGAGCACCGCCAGUCCGAGAUGCUGGGCACUUUCACGACGACUGAACCCCUCAAAACCAAUAUCGAGGCUGCUCCGAAACCUACUACAGCCAGGAGAUCACUGCCAAACACCAAGGUCAUUGUCGCCACCGACUUAGCUUCAAGAGGUAUCGACACUCUAGCAGUUCGACAUGUAAUUCUAUAUGAUGUACCACAUACUACAAUUGAUUUUAUCCAUCGACUAGGGCGUGCCGGUCGUAUGGGCAGAAGAGGCAGAGGCGUUGUAUUAGUUGGCAAAGAUGACAGGAGAGACAUCGUCGCCGAGGUCAGAGAGAGCAUGUACAUGGGACAGGCGUUGAUCUAAUGACUGGGAAUUCAAAGCGUACAACAUGUAACAUAAACACUGUAGACGAUGGGCUGGAAGUUGCGGCUAUAUUCGAGAUAGAUUGUACGAUACGGAGAUAUGUCUACCUGCUCUCCUCAGUGCUACAUUAAUACGUUUGAAUCGCAAUAAGUCUUCAGACUAAUCAACGUCUAGUUGACCAAGGACACGUUUCGAAGUUUGCAC